AAACUGCCGAACGGGCAACGGGGCUAACUAGUUAGCUCGUGUGGCGCUAAGUCAGCUAACUCGCAGACGCAGCGGCACUGGACGUUACUAACGCGGGAUGACGUUACAAUGGACGCAAUAACGCAAACGCCAGCCCAGGCGAAACAAGGCUAGCGACAGUUAAAUGAAGAAGCAAGUCGUUGUUGAGGUUGAUUUUAAUUAGCUGGGUCUAAGCUAACGCGGAAGGCAUCCUCCGCUGAAGUCAAUGGUUAACCCUUCACGUAAUACUCUCCUCGUUUUAAAAGGCAUUUCCCCCCAGUGAGUAAAGGAUGUCCAAGCGGCUGCGAAACACUGAGCUCUGCGCCGAUUGCAACGUUCCAGAACCUCGCUGGGCCUCCGUUAACAGGGGCGUGUUCAUUUGCGAUGAAUGCUGCAGUGUUCAUCGAAGUCUGGGUAGACACAGCUCCCAAGUCCGUCACCUGAAGCACACACCAUGGCCUCCUACGCAAUUACAGAUGGUUCAGACAUUAUACAGCAAUGGCGCAAAUUCAAUAUGGGAGCAUUCUCUUCUGGACCCUGCAUCGGUGAUGAGUGGGAAACGCAAGGCCAACCCUCAGGACAAGCUGCAUCCAAACAAAUCAGAGUUCAUUAGGGCCAAAUAUCAAAUGCUGGCGUUUGUCCACCGCAUGCCUUGCCGGGAGGACGACAGCUCGACCGCCAAGGAUUUAAGCAAGCAACUUCAUUCGAGUGUACGCACUGGGAAUCUGGAGACCUGUUUACGGUUGCUGUCACUGGGGGCACAAGCAAAUUAUUUUCACCCCGAAAAAGGGAACACUCCCUUGCAUGUAGCUGCCAAGGCAGGACAAGUGUCUCAGGCUGAGCUAUUAACUGUUUAUGGAGCAGACCCUGGAGCCCUUGACAGCAAUGGCAAGACUCCCAUUGAUUAUGCGAGGGAAGCUGGCCACCAGGACCUGGCCGAUCGAUUGGUGGAGAUUCAGUAUGAACUAACCGAUCGCCUGGCGUUCUACCUGUGUGGGAGAAAGCCAGAUCAUAAAAACAGCCAGCACUUCAUUGUUCCACAAAUGGCUGACCGGAACAUCGGUUUAGAUUUAUCAGAACUGGCCAAAGCAGCAAAGAAGAAACUCAAGUCUCUCAGUAAUCACUUAUUCGAGGAGCUGGCCAUGGAUGUGUACGAUGAGGUGGACCGGCGAGAGACCGAUGCAGUGUGUUUGGCUACACAGAACCACAGCACUCUGGUGACGGAGACGACUGUGGUGCCUUUCCUUCCUGUGAAUCCGGAGUACUCGUCAACACGAAACCAGGGAAGACAGAAGCUGGCAAGAUUUAAUGCGCAUGAAUUUGCAACUCUCGUGAUUGACAUAUUGAGUGAUGCUAAGCGCAGACAGCAAGGGAAUUCCAUCGCCAGUCCCAAAGACAACGUUGAAUUCAUCCUGAGGAGUGCGGGCGGCAGGCUUUGCAGUGACAGCCAGGAAAACGACCAGCCUGACUACGACAGCGUGGCGUCUGAUGAGGACACCGAUCACGAGCUCCCUUUGAGCCACGGAGACAGGACAAAGAGCCAGGACUCUGAGCUCUCCGACGGGCCGAUUACUAUCCAUGAGUACAUGGAGGUGAAGACGGCGCUCUCUGCUUCUGAAGCCAAGAUCCAGCACCUUUUGAAAGCCAACAACAACCUGAGCGAUGAGCUGAGGCUGAUGCAGAAAAAGCUGCAAUCUCUGCAAACCGAGAACACCUCUCUCAGGCGGCACGUCCCCACCAAUAUCUAUCAGACCCCGAGCGGUUCAGACUACCCCGACCCCUCCAGCCCCUCGGCCCCGAAACGCCGGCAGUCCGCGCAGGCCAGUCGGCCCAUGUCUAUGUAUGAGACCGGCUCAGGCCUGAAGCCCUAUCUCCCCAAAGGGGACAGUCCCUACCCAGAGGAGGGUAUCCCCACCCUGCAACCCCACCCGCCUCAUACGGAAAGGGGCGCUUUUGUGACCACCUCUUCAUCCCUCCCCUCAUUUCCAUCCACACUGUCUUGGUCGAAGGACGAAAGUGCUCCAAAGGCCUCAAAGUUAGAGAAGCAAAGCAGCGUGCCGGAAAGUGACUACGACAACACAUUCAAUGACUUCGAGAUGGAUGAUUCGGGUCUGAGCAGGAGAGGGAGGCUGAGGAGCAGUGGCUGGCUGGGGGAAGGCAAUUCGAUCCCAGAGAUGGAUGAUCUGGUGACAGAGCCGGACCCGACGCUUCCCAGCACAGAGGAUGUCAUCCGCAAAACCGAGCAGAUCACCAAGAAUAUCCAGGAGCUAUUGCGGGCGGCUCAGGAGAACAAACACGACAGACCGUGCGAAGGUGUGCGGCGGCUCAGGCACAGCCUGGGAUGUUUCAGCACUCUGGUGCCCUGGGCCGAGAAGGCCCCCCCUUCCCUCCAUGCGCUCAGCCUGCGGUCCCCUGACCCCGCCUCCUGCUUUAUACCCUGUUCAGAAAGAAUAUACGUGGCCGUAACAGAAAUGGCGGCCCUCUUUCCCAAGAAGCCGCGCUCGGAGACUGUGAGAAGCUCUCUGCGCUUGUUGACCGCCAGUGCGUACCGGCUUCAGAGUGAGUGCAGGAAGGCGGUGCCUUCCGAGGGCUGCCCAGGGCCGGACAUGCAGCUGGUCACCCAGCAGGUCAUCCAAUGUGCUUAUGACAUCGCCAAGGCAGCCAAGCAGCUUGUCACUAUCACCACAAAGGAGAAUACCAACUAACCCACUUACAGGGCUGUAAAGCUGUCAGCAUCUCAGUUUUCCUCUUGAAUAUAUUUUUUAAUGAUUUGCUUUUUUGUAUUCGUGGUAUAUGCAUGCAUUGUUUUAUUAAUUUAUGAAUAAAUAUUUAAAUCCAAGCCUGGACAAAAUCUAAGUGUAAAAAGUCAGCAGCUCUACUGAGCUGUUGUAAGAGCGCAAUUUCUCUUAAGAUAAAAUUAACUGUUGUAAAUUCAAGCAGCCUGUGGACUGCGAUGGUUUAUACACUUAGUUGGAACUGAUAAUUAAACAGUUCAUAAUGUUAAUACGUGUUAUUGUCAGAAGCGAUUAAGCACAGGACAGUAAAUCCACAUAUUGGUUAAUGUCAUCAGUCCAAACCAGAAAGGGAUGCUAAAAAGUCACACUCGAGUCACGGCUCUGCUUUUAUUAAAUGCGAAACUUCUUGUGGUCAAAGGAUCUUCCUCAUUAAAAGCAGCCUACAAGCACCAUCAUGCUCUAAUGUUUAUUCUACAAAAACAAAUUGACCAAUUAUAUGUCUGAAACUUCAUUCAUGCAUAGAUUGUAGCUGUGUUCUACUCUUCAGCAGCACCAACAUGUUGUAGUAUUAAGUUGAGGUAAUCUGGUGUGCUUCUUCACACUGCACUGUGUUCUGCAGUGCGGUGUGCCAUUGCAGUGUUGGUGAUGUUCCAAGGUAUUUAGUGCGAAUAAGACAUACUUCAUGUAUGUCCUCGUUUUCUGUGCUACGUUCCAUUGCUGCUAGUCGUAUUUAAUGUGCAACAAAUUGGAUAGAAGUCGUGACGUCCCGAAUAUUUGUGCAACUCAACGUUCAAGUAUUUCAGAGUUCAUCAUCAUCUUGAGAACUGAUCAUGGUAAUGCCACUCUGUAUGUGACCGGAGUGCAGGGAUCUAUGUUAUGCAGCUACUAGGUUGCACUUUGGAAAAGUAAUUAUUUUCUAAAUAAACUUAAUUUAUAAAUACA